AUGAAUAUUUAUUUGAGUUAUCCUCAGCCACCGCUUAACAACAUAUGCAUUAUCUCCAAGCUGUCGUACCUGUAUUUCCUUAUCCCCUCGUUAAUUUCUUUUUCUGCUCGCACAAGCCUCCAGCUCUUGUCCGUGCCGGCCACCGCCCAAGCCUGUCGAUCUCAUCUCCCUGGCAUUUUUAUCAGCCGCUGCAUAGCCUUCGUCUCCCUCACCGCUCGGCUUCUCUGGUGCUCGCUGGGCCUCCUUUUCCUAGUCGCCCAUGGCACGCUCCCUGAUUUCUCCAGCUCGCUCCAGAGCCGUGGAGCUUCCCCGCCGUCCCAGCUCGACCUCCAUCUCUGGCGCGAGCUCUUCCCCGGUGCCGCGCGCCGCUUCACCUGCUCGGCGCCUCCCAGCCGUGCAGCUCGUCCGCGUCGUCCGCCGCGGUGCUUGCCCCAGCCUCGACCUCCGUCCGGGCCUGCCUGUCGCGCUGCUAUGGUGCUCAGGUCCGGCGCUGCCCUCUCCGUCCAGCAGUCUGGCGCUGAAGUCCCCAACCUCCUCUCUGCUGAAGCCCUCCGCUCGCCGAGCUCCGUACACGCGCGCCCCAUCUCUGCUGGCGCCCUGAUCUUCAGUCAUCCCCCUUGGCCGGCGUCCUCCCCAUUUUUUUACAGGUUCGUUAAUUGAUCACGUGAUGCAGAGGACAAGAGUUGAGUUGAUCCCAACAUGAAGAUGAUGAAUGAACCUGAAGCUUGGAUGAUCUGGUCAAGCACCAGAAUGGAAGAUCCUCAUCAAGUGGUCGUCAAUUAACAACACUAACAUAGUGUUUAUCCCAGGUUAUAAGUUUGUUCUGUUGUGGAUGGUGCUAAGUGCCGGUGGGCUCGGCCUUCUUAUAUAAGUAUAUCCCAUCUUUAGCUUCUUUAUUGAGGACUGUCACUUAAGCUAGCAUGUAUUUUAAAACUUAUAAAUAUUUUAUACAUUUUAAAGUGUAAUUCUUUUUAAUCAUUUUCUUUUGUAAUCACUCCGAUAAUUGUAUAAUGUAAACUUAUUGUAACAUGUAAUCUUUUUGCAAUAAAGAAUUUAUUUCCGCUGCAAA